UACGAACAAACACUCAUCAGUUAAUUUUGCGACACAUUUUUAGUAUAGAAACAACUCUUCGAAUUUAGAUAAAAAGCAGAUGCUGGCAAUAUGACUGCAGUACGUGAACUUGCAUUCGAUGAUCUGUUCAAAUUCAACAGGAUUAUCUUUGAUCCUCUGACCGAAGUCUAUUCAAUCUCUUUCUUUGUGUCCAGACUAAUUGAGUUUCCCAUGCUGGCUAAAGUCGCCGUUGCUCCCAACGAGCAGUUGAUGGGUUUUGCAAUGGGAACUCGCAUCAUCAAUGAGGAUGUUGUUGGAGAUGGUAACGACUCACGUGUGAUGGGCAGCCAUGGUCACGUCAGCGUCGUGUCCAUUGACAGCGAUUUCCGACGAUUAGGUCUCGGCACGUUAUUGAUGGACGGCUUGAAAGCCAAAAUGGAGGUAGACGGGGACUGGUAUGUCGAUCUAUUCGUGCGCUGCAAGAAUCAGAACGCCAUUAAGUUUUAUGAGCUACUGGGCUAUGUAAAGUAUUGCUUUCUAUCCAAAUACUAUGUCGAUGAUUAUGGGUAUGAAAUGCGCUUGCCGCUCUCACAGGAUGUUGAGGGUGUCUGCCUCAAGAGGAAGGUCAAUGUUAUCGAGGGAUUUUAUAGCGCUGGGCAGGAGAUGUUGCAGCUGGUGAGAGUGGUGAUGGAUCGGCUAAAGAAUGCCAUUAUGAACAUGCUUUGAGAAUGUUGUCAAAUCGUUUUGAAUGUGAGCCAUAAGCAUAAAUAGUUAGUAAACAACACUCACUUGCCAUG